AUGUUCCCCCUGGGCACGGAGCUGGCUGGCUCCAGCUUGGUGUUUUGGGGUGAAAAGCUCCAAAGUGGGGUUUUCCUCAGAUGUGUUGGUCGGCGAUGCCUGCUGGCUCGGCUUGGCCCCAGCCUUUCUGUGCGACACAUUGUCCCGAUGGGAACAACGGCCAAGGAGGAGAUGGCCCACUUCUGGGAGAAGAACACCAAGUCCAAUCGUCCCUUGUCCCCUCAUGUCACCAUUUACAAGUGGUCCCUGCCCAUGGCGAUGUCCAUCAUGCACCGGGGCACCGGUGUUGCGCUGAGCUUAGGAGUCUCCCUCUUUGGUCUGGCUGCCCUGCUGCUCCCAGAACAGUUUCCCCACUACCUGGCUAUGGUGAAGUCGCUCAGCCUGGGGCCAGCUCUCAUCUACUCUGCUAAGUUUGCUCUGGCAUUCCCCCUCUCCUACCACACCUGGAAUGGAGUCCGACACCUUGCAUGGGACAUGGGGAAGGGCUUCAGGAUCCCCCAGGUCAACCAGUCCGGGGUGCUGGUCCUGAUCUUGACCCUGCUCUCCUCCGCGGGCCUCGCGGCGAUGUGAAGGUACCUCCUCGUUGAUGGCCUCCCUUUUUUUGGAAGAUUUGCUCUGUCCUGGCCUGCCUCAAAACAUGCAUGGAGAGGGAGGCGAAACGACAGGCUCCCGAGCAACUACAAAUCUUUGGGGAAGAUGGUGUUUCCCCUCCUUGCAAAUCUCGUGGAUGAUCAGAGUUGCUUUUCAUUAGCCGGGGUGAUGUGCUAACCCCCUCUUCAUGGUGCGGGGGCAGGCUGGGCUGUCUCCUGCCAUGCCACACGCCCAAGCAGCCACGGAAAGCCGGGCACAAAUUAACAGCCGAUCCCAGCACGUUCAAUCACUCGCGGAGAGCUGCCUAGCUUCUUCCAGGCAAACUCCAGGGCGUUUCUUUUCUCUGCUCUGUCCCCAAGCUUGAGACAAUGCUGAAUCUGUGUCCCCGCAGGUCUGAGUGGGCUCGGGGACGGCUGUAGUGUGUGUGUAGGCCUGGCGCAGGACAAGCAUCUCCAUUGAGGCAGCCCGUGCCAGGGCAGAGAGAGCAGGCGGAGCUGCUGACGCCAGCACCCGUGAGGGGAAUGGGUGAUCAGUGCCAUCCAGGUGCCGCACCGGCUGCGGGACCCUGUGCUUUCCAAGCCUGGCAGCACGAGCCAGCUGGGAUGGGGUGCUCGGACCUAUAGAGGUUCAGUCCCCACUCCUUAUCCUUGAAAUGUCGUGAUUCAGCCAGCUUUGGGGCCCUAGAGCUUCUGCCAGUGAAAACAUCUGAUUUUCCCCUGUUAGGAAGUUACUCCGUCUCUGGCACGAUGGGAGGGACGUGGUUUUCCUGUUGUGCGUUGCCACCAGCUCUUGUUUCAGCACUUGUCACUCGUCCACCUUUGCAAUAAAGCAGCCUUGAUCCUUCACACUGA